ACAUGUGACAGGCAAAAAGGAAGUAACCCUCAUCUACAACUCCAAACAACAACUAAACUUUGACACGCAUGAAUGAGCAAAGACGGUGAGCUGCUCAUAUGGCCAAAACAAUGCAUUUAUUGGGAAAUGGGAAACGACUAUUUAUCUGGUUCUUAAGUUUCCUGAGUUUGCCGCUGUGUGCAGAUGGUCAGAGAGUACGCCUUUUCCCCGGUAAGUGCUCUGGCAGAGUAGAGGUGCUCUAUGACAACCGCUGGGGCACAGUUUGUGACGAUCACUGGAACGCGGCUACUUCCAACGUGCUGUGUCGCGAGGUGGGCUGUGGGCCGAUGGUCAGCAACAGAAAACCCACAGAGCAUGCGACCGGAGACAUCUGGCUGGACGAUGUCAGGUGCAAAGGGAACGAAUCUUCUAUUCUCUCAUGUCAACACAGCGACUUCGGGGACCACAACUGUGACCACUCAGAGGAUGCCGGCGUGGUUUGUUCAGAGCCAAUGAGACUGUCUAAUGGCACAGACCGCUGCUCUGGGACUCUGGAGGUCUUCCACGGCGGCCAGUGGGGUGUGAUCUGUAGCAACAACUUGCCUACAAAUAUAACCAAAUUGAUAUGUGAACAACUUGACUGUGGACCUCCUAAAAAAACAGCUGCUACGGUUCAGAACCACAUGGGAUUCAUGAGCAGUUGUCCUGGAAAUGCAGCUUCACUUUCACAGUGCACUCUAACAAAAAGCAGUGAAGUUUGCCACGGAGUAACUUUUUCCUGUGAAGGUUUGAGAGAGAUCAGACUGGUGAACGGCACUGACCGCUGCUCUGGCAGAGUAGAGGUGUAUUACAACAAACAGUGGGGGACAGUUUGUGAUGACAACUGGGACAUACUGGACGCACGUGUGGUCUGCAGGGCCAUGGACUGCGGCGCCGCUCAGGAGGCCGUGUUGUAUUCACAGUUUGGAGAAGGCACUGGGGACAUCUGGCUGGACAGUGUGGAAUGUCUUGGGAACGAAACCUCCCUGGACCAUUGUCAGCAUAAACCUGUAGGUGAUCACAACUGUGGUCACUCUGAAGAUGCUGGUGUGAUCUGCUCAUCUCACGUCAGACUGAUCAAUGGUACAACAAGCUGCUCGGGCAGAGUGGAGUUAGGAGUUGGCGGUCAGUGGGUCUCUGCCCGUAGAGCCACCUGGGGUAAGAAUGAAGCUAUCGUGAUAUGCCGAGAACUGGACUGCGGGGAGGAUUCGUCAGUUUCAGGAUCCAAUUCUGCAAAUGAACCUUCGAGAAUGUUUGAUGUUACCUGCACGGGCUCAGAAGCCGCCCUCGGAGAAUGCACAAUAAAAGAAUACAACAGGACAAGUGGUGAUAGAGCGGAAGAUGCAACUGUGGUUUGUACAGGGAAAACCCUUUUGUCGGAGGGGCCCAAUCGCUGUGCUGGAAGAGUGGAGAUCUUUCACAAAGGUCUAUGGGCGGAUGUGUGCACUGACUCCUGGGACAUUUAUGAUGCCCAGGUCGUCUGUAACCAGCUCAACUGCGGCGCUCCCCAUAAAAUCAUCACUGUCCCGGGCCGGACGACUGACCAGAAGUUGUGGGUCAACCAAACUGUCUGUAAUGGACGUGAAGUGAGCAUAUCAUUAUGCCAGCUACAAUUCUCAAACCAGAGCUGUGCGAACACUGCCGUGGCAGGGGUCAUAUGUGCAGAUGGCCUGGCGGUACAGCUCCGUGGGGAAGAUCGCUGUUCAGGGCUUGUUUCGGUGAGGCAAGGAGAGAGGUGGGGGAUGGUGUGUAAUUCGGCCUGGAACUACAACAAAGCCAAAGUGAUAUGUGACAUGCUGGAGUGUGGACACGUGGCCAAUGUUUCCGCUUCGUUCCCGUUCUCUUCGCAAACUGCGGUGUUGCCCAUAUAUGAUGCAAGCGACACCUGUUUUAACAGCUUGGAGUCGAUUCACAAGUGCUCGUCCAGCGGGUUCACGGCAUCAAGGUGUGGCCAUGACAAGGACGUCGGGAUCGUAUGUGGAGGCGAUGCAUCCAUCAGACUUGUGAACGGCUCCGACCACUGUUCUGGCAGAGUGGAGAUCCUGUAUAAGGGAAAGUGGGGGACGGUGUGCGAUGACGACUGGGACAUUCUCGACGCUCAGGUGGUCUGCCGUGCCAGCAAAUGUGGAUCUGCGAUAAUGGCUUUACCGGGGAGCUAUUUCGGCGAUGGAGCUGGAAAUAUUUGGCUGGACGAUGUUGAAUGUUUGGGGAAUGAGACUUCACUUUUACACUGUCGUCACCCCGAUCUUGGUAACAAUAACUGUGGACACAGAGAAGAUGCUGGGGUCAUGUGCUCAGCUCACCUCAGACUCCUUGAUGGGCCUGACCAGUGCUCGGGCAACGUGGAGGUCAACUAUAACGGAGACUGGCUCCCGGCACUGAACACAAGAUGGGGAAUGAACGAAGCGACUGUUGUGUGCAGAGAAAUGAACUGUGGCGAUGCAAAGGCAGUUACUGGAUCAUUUACACAAAGGGAGGUUCAGAGGGGCUUUAAAAUCACCUGUACUGGGAGAGAGCGCUCCAUUGGCCUCUGCACAGUACAAGACUACACCAGGACCGACCCUGAGCAACUUAAAUAUGCUUCUGUCACAUGUUCAGGUAUUGUGAAACUGGUAGGUGGUCCAAACCGCUGUGCUGGGCGACUGGAGAUGUUUCACAAAGGCCAGUGGGGGGACGUGUGUGGACAGUCUUGGGACAUGAAUGAUGCAGAGGUGGUCUGUCAGCAGCUCAACUGUGGAAAGGCUUUUAAACUGACGACUGACUCGAGUCAGUACGGCCUUGGGAGGGGCGGGUUCAACGUGGAGCACAUCGCCUGCAACGGCCGAGAGUCUCUGGUGCAGCACUGCGCCAUUACUCAUGGGGGGAAAAACUGCAAUGCUUCUUCGGUGGCUGCAGUCAUCUGCUCAGACAGUCUGAACAUCCGGCUGGUGGGAGGUAUAGAUCGGUGCAGUGGCAGAGUGGAGGUGCGUAUGGGCAGCGUUUGGGGCUCUGUGUGUGGUGCAGACUGGAGCGUGGAGAGGGCUGAGACUCUGUGUGAGCUGCUGGAGUGUGGACAGGCAAUCAACGUUACCACAGUGCCUCACAAAGCAGCAGUGGCAGUGUCCGACCCUGCACAGUCCUGCUUCAGCAGCGUACACAGUCUGAAGAUGUGUCUGAACAGUGGACUGCCACGGGCCACGUGUGCACAGGGCGAUGCCAGUCUGGUGUGUGCAGCUCAGCUCCGUCUGGUGGGUGGUCCAAACUCGUGCGCAGGUCGAGUCGAGGUUUUUCACAAAGGAGACUGGGGAACUGUGUGCGACGAUGAUUGGGAUUUGGCCGAGGCGAAGGUUGUGUGCAGGCAGUUGGGGUGUGGGCUCCCUGUAUCCGUGGGCACUUACGGCAGAGGCUCGGGGCAGAUAUGGUUGGACAAUAUGCACUGUUCAGGCACAGAAUCAGUGAUGACGCAGUGCGGCCAUAACGGCUGGGCCAAUCACAACUGCGGCCAUGACGAAGACGCUGGGGUCACUUGUUUGGAUACAUUUGAAAAACCCAGGAUUCUCAUGAGUCCUGGUCCUGUGGUGAUCUGGGGGGAGAGAGUGGACAUCACCUGUACAUUAUCAUCGCAGCAGAACGGGAGAGGGACUUUUGCGCUGAGGAAAAGCAAUACCACGUUUAGAAUGGAAAAAUCCACUGAAAACCAGGCCGCCGUGUUCAGCUUGCUCCAAGUUAACCUCAGCCUAAACGGUUUCUACUACUGUGAAUACCAGAAGAGAGUGUCAAGGGACGUGAUCUACUAUCCUGAAGGGGCGGCUGCUGAACUCACAGUCACAGUGAGACUGGAAAAACCCACUCUCUCAAUGACAUCGGUUUACCCAAUGGUGGUGUCCAGUAAAGAAAACAUUUCCAUCAGCAGAGGGCACAGCUGCAAUAUGACCUGUUCGGUGCAUUCGCCCUUUCCUGGUGGUUUCUUCUACUUAACUAAGUCUAAGGUUAAACUGAACGAACCAAAACCUGCAGUACACCUGUCUGACCAUGUGGUGGCGGUCUUUGAGUUUUCCUACAUGGAUUAUUUGCACCAAGGGGAGUACAGCUGCGUCUUUGGUGUCAACAUGUCCUCGCAAACUUUUGAAUCUGCUCCAUCUCAAAGUCUUCACGUCACUGUGGCUGCCCACACUGCUGCUUCAGUUGCCGUCGGAAUAGUGAUGACCUUGUUGUUGUUGGCCGCACUGGGAGGAGUGGGCUAUUUCAUCUGGUGGAAGAAAAGAUGGAACACUGACAGCAUAGUGGGGUUUGUUAACAGAGUCGGAGGAGCAAUACAAAACAUCGGAAACAAUGGCAGGGCCGGAGCUGCAGUGCCGCACAGUUUCUCAAACGUGAACAUGGACAUGGACGGUGUGGAAGACACUCCAGGAAUAGUCUUCCACGACCAUGAGCCACUCGUGUAUUCUAAUUAAUUCUUUUUUUUCUCUCUCUCUGUUUUGACACUUUGUGACACUCGUAGAUCAUUUUGUUAUAAUUUUGGCAUUUUAAAGUGGAAUAUUGUUCUAAAACAACUUAAUAAAAGAAAUAAGUCCA